GGAAAUAAAAUGAAGGUAAAUUGAUUAACUAAUUCACUAUCAUACAGCGAAUUAAGGUAGGUGUGUGUUAUAUAAUCUCAAAACAUCUUCUCCUUUCAAAUCACCUUCUUCUUGGCCUUGUUCAAAUAAGAAAUCACAGAGCACGUAUCCAGAUUAUAGUAUCCUCCCUCCCCAUGGGGCAAACGGUUUACCCGCCAACCGCCGGAGCACCACCAUCGUCACCGCAACUCGGCCACCAGCCACCGCAAGUGAAUUACCAGCCAACUGCCAUAUCAGCACCGGCACAACCACCGGCCCAACCAUGCCAUCCUCCAAACCCCCAAGAGUCCAACUUUUUCCCCUCAGCAGGCAUUUAUGCUAAUGCAAGCGGAUACACGGGUCAGCCCCCCCACCAACUUUAUCGACAAUCCAGUUACAUCUCAGGAGACUAUCAAAGCGAGAAGGUUGUAGCAGCAGCUUAUCAAACACCUUCGCCGGACCCGGUGGCUCAAACACAUUAUGCAACCUCCUCCCAAACCCCCAGUGAAUAUCAGGCUCAUGCAACUACUGGAUACCCGGCCCAACCACCUACUGUAAUCAUGAAUUCCCCACUGGGUCAACAACAACCCGGUUACACCACACCCACAGUGGUCGUCCCAGCAAAAUGUCAAACUGAGCCUGUUAUGGGCAACCCGAUACAUUCGCCGAUGCCCAUGCCCCAACCACAGCCUAUGGCUAUUGUUCACCAGCUCGGUCGACAAUCAAGUUACAUACCGUCGGUGGUCGAACAGCCACAAUCCGGCCCGUAUUAUCAACCCACCCAACAACUGGCCGGCGGUGGGUACGCUGCAAGUGGAAGUACAUAUCAAGCACAGUGUUUCCCACCCCAAGAAGUGGUUUACGGUGGACAGUUCAGUAGUUACCCGGCGACACCGUCAGCAGCACUGGUUCCAGCGGAGCGCCCGGCGGGUGGUGGUCUUCAAUAUUCGGUCAUACCCAACCCGGUUCCAGUCGUGGGGCUCCAGUACUGCCUUCCUCGACCCGUUGAGUUGAUGAUGGUGAGAAAACUGACGCUAAGCAGCGACUUCACGGUGAUGGAUGUUGCCAGGACUCCGAUAUUCAAAGUCAAAGGCAAAGUGGUUGGGGACAAGCGUAUGCUCUUGGAUGCAGCCGGAAUCCCGGUCUUCUCCCUUAACACUAAGGACUAUUUGGGUGCAGCUAUUGUCAAUGUACAGGAGAUGGCAAGUGUAUAAGGGGGCAAGCACCCACCCUACGGAUUUAAUAUUCAGUGCCCGAACCUCCUCCGUGGUCCAGCUCAAAACCAAGUUAAACGUCUACUUAGCUAGCCGGGUCACCGAGGAUUUUUCUGAUUUCAAGGUCGAAGGCAGUUGGAGCGACGGAUCUUGCACCGUUUAUCUUGGUGAAACUCCAACCGUUGCUGCUCGUGUAAGAACUAUAUAUUCAUCUCUCUCUACCCAGUAUACUCUCAUUUUUUUUUUGUAUCAUCGUUGUACGUAGUUGAACCAACCAUCUUUAAUCCAUAUAUUAUUGCAGAUGAACAAGUUGGACAAUGCUCAAAGCUACUUCCUAGGGAAGGACACUUUCAUGAUUACUGUCUCUCCCAACAUCGAUUACGCAUUUGUGGUGGCUCUUAUUCUCAUCCUCGAUGCCAUCAACAGCACCAAUUCCAACAUCACCACUAUGGCUAGUUUGUUCCUCGGAAUUCCAAUCAAAACCUAAAAAACAUAAGUAUUUGUCUCCACCAGUCAUUAAUUUUUAUACAGGGACCCUGAUCAUUUCUCCUUUGUGUAUCGUUUCAGUUUUAUAUGAUGUCUCUGAAAAGUUUUAUAAACGCACAAAUACUUUUUUUGAGGCCCAUGAUGAAAGGUUGUGGGGAAUUUGUGAUGAACAUCGAUUUCUAUAUAUAUAUAUGCACAUUCUGAUCCAGUAGAGACGUAGUAUGUGUUUCCAAUGGUUAGGGGUAUUGAUUCACGAAUCAUUAUGAAUCCCGAAUGUGUGAUCAUCACAAAUUGUACCAGGGAAUACUAGAGUAGAUCGGGAGAGGUAUUAGUCGGUAUCUCUAAAUCAUAUAUUUCUUCUUGCCGAGAUGAUUGUUAAAUUUGUUAUAACAAAAAGACAGCCAUUUGAGACUCAAGGAGUGAGUUUGAAGCAAUAUGUUCUCGGAUCAGCAAGUCUACCAAGGGGAGUUGUUUCCGUUUAACGAUCAUCGAUUGAUUAAUAUUUCUUUUUAUGUCAUUAUUACCAAAUUAUUUUUGUACAGAUUUAUCUUUGGUGUUUGCCUCUUUUGAUGAAUCUCAAAAAAAAAAAAAAGCCCCUAAAAGAUGUAAUUUGGGUAGUAUAACCCGCAAUGUACC